AUCGACAGAGGGGAUUACGCGAAAAAGCAUCCUGGCCAAUUUUGAUGCGACGAGCUCCUCCUCCUCCACCAACAUCAACUGUCCGGAUACUCACGAGAUGCAGCCGACACGGGCUCUACUGAAAGGCCGAUCCGUGUGGAAAGGACCUCACAUCGUGCCCCUGCCCAUCGCCCGCCCCGCGCCCGGCGAGAAGAUCAAGUCCAUCCGGACGCAGGCCCGCGCCGCCACCAUCCUGCCCAGCUUCGUCGGCCUCAAGUUCCACGUCCACAACGGCAAGGACUACAACGAGGUCGAGAUCACCGAGGACAUGGUCGGCCACAAGCUCGGAGAGUUCGCCCCGACGAGAAAACCGUUCGUCUGGGCGAAGCAGUAGACGAUCCGAUGACGAGUCGAGACGAGACGAGACGCGAUGCGGACACGCCUCGGGCGUUCUAGGUGAUGGGAAGAACGGGACGAGAUGCAUACACAAUGCGCGUUGCGAUGUGGCUUAGAGA